CACACAUGUGGGACUGAGUGAGAUCAGAAGGGAUACCGUUACGCUGUGAUACCGUUAAUAUUACCUGACGAUUCUACUAAAUGUGUCGAACGUGAAAAUGGAAGACAGAGAUAGCUCCUUGUAUUCAAUGGUCAAUGCCGUUCAUUCAUUAUGUGAAAAGAACGCAAAAUGUAAUUCCAAGUUGAGAUGGCUACUGUCAAAACUGAUCUGGCAACCCUCUGAUCGGACAGCCUUGCUGGAGAGUCUGUCACAGCUGUUCCUGGACGUCAAUUGUUCUGCUGACAUAUGCAUCUGUGUCCGACCUCUCAUCCUCGAUGUAAUCGAGAGAAGCAAGACGUCAGUCUUACUACAUGGACAUGAGAACAAUAUAUACAUCACCAAAUUUGCAGUAGCUUUAAGUUUAGGUGUACGCAGUACACCAGAUCUCAGGAACUUUUCUGUUGAGUUUUUGAAUGCAUACAAGCCAUUUUGUCAGUCACCCAAUACUGAUGAAGGGGAACCAAGAAAGAAAAAGAAGAAGAAAGAAAAGCUGAGCGACCUGGAGUUGAGUCGUGCAAUGUGGACAUUCCUAGACGUCCUGGGAGAGAGUGUAGAGGGCUGCAUCACACUGGAUCUGCUGGUGUCGUAUCUGUCGCACCAUGAGCCUCAAGUCAGGUGGUUCGCAGCGGAAGCUGUGUCACAACUGGUCCGGAUGUCGGAGAGUCAGAGGGGGAUGUUUCUGAGGAAAUACUUCACGGAAGAAGAGAUCAGAGAGCUGUCUGUUAGAUUUUCUCUGGAAGAUAGUCCAAGAAAGCAAGCCGAGUGUUUGGUUGCCGUGUCAACGGGUCUGAAGAGCUUGAGUCACACCAUGCAGGGCCUGGUGAGCAUGGACUACAGCGACAGUGUGGUGGAGGUGGCUGGCCUCCUGUUGCCAAGACUACAAGGGGAGACAACCACGACGGAGUCCGUAGAGCUUGUUCCGGUGCGCUCUAUGCUUAGCAACUUACGGAGCCUGGCUCUGGCCGUUGUGUCGGGUGCCCCGGUCCUCCUGCAGGGGCCGGUCGGCAGUGGGAAGACAAGUCUUGUCCAGCACCUGGCCGGCCUGACGGGGCGACACACAACACCGCACCUGAUCAAGAUACAGCUUGGGGAUCAGACAGACAGCAAGGCGUUGCUGGGGACCUACAGAUGCACCGAAGUCCCCGGGGAGUUUGUGUGGCAGCCUGGCAUCCUCACACGGGCCGUGACUGAGGGAUUCUGGGUACUGUUGGAGGACAUUGACUUUGCACCGAUGGACGUUGUGUCCAUCCUCCUGCCUCUGUUGGAGACCAACACUUUGACCGUUCCGGGUCAUGGCGACAAUGUCAAGGCCAACCCUGGUUUCAGACUGUUUGCUACACAAAGACUUGUAGGGAGCAGCAGUGGGUGGCAUCGUCAGCGCAGUGGUAGCGCGCUCCUCCUGGAGAAGAUGUGGACCAGGAUCAAUGUUGAGCCCCUCUCGCGCUCCGAGCUGGAAAAGGUGAUAGUGAGCCGGUUCCCCCAGCUGGCCACAGUAGUGGAGAAGCUGCUGGACAUAUAUCUCAUGCUGUCAGCCGGCAAGCAUGACUCGGAGACCUCCACAUCAAACUCGGACGGUGCAGGGAAGUUCCUGUCAUUAGCGGGGAGGCUCGUAUCUACCAGGGAUCUCAUGACAUGGAUCAAUAGGGUCAGUUCCGAGUUUGACGUAUCGUCCACUGACGCUGGCGCCAAGGUGUUCCAGGAAGCCUUGGACUGUUUUGUGUCCUGUCUGCCUAAACCAAGCAAGAGGAUGCCAUUAGCGGAGGCCAUUGGCGCCAAGCUCAAUGUAUCAAAAAUAAAGACUGAGUUCUACAUCUGUAAGUACAAGCCCAUAAUUGAAGUGAGCGAGUCGUCCUUCACCGCUGGUCGUGUUGUCCUGCCAAGAAAACCAGCAGACGUCAUGACAAUGAACAGAGUGAGUCCUCCGACAUUUGCGUACACCCGUCAGUCUGUGUGUCUGCUGGAGAAGGUGUCGGUGUGUGUCAGUCGGAAUGAACCGGUGCUGCUUGUUGGCGAGACAGGGACAGGCAAAACAUCAUCUGUCCAGUUCCUAGCUCAUCAACUGGGACACAAGCUUCAUGUGAUCAACCUGAACCAGCAGAGUGACAGCACAGACCUUCUCGGAGGGUUCAAGCCUGUCGAUCUGAAGUUCGUCAUCAUGCCCUUCAGAGAGGACUUUGAGAUGCUUUUCAUGAAAACGUUCUCAAGGAAACAGAAUACAAGGUUUCUGGGCCACAUACAGGAGUGUUUUUCUCGAAGAAAGUGGUCCGACCUGCUGACACUUAUGGACCACACUCAGAAGUCGGCUACCAAGAAGUUCGACAAGGGUACGGAGGAGCACCGACAGUGGAAGAAGAUGGGCCGGCGUCUGCACCAGCUGAAGGUUCAGGUGCAGCAGAUAGAGAAUGCCCUUGCCUUCUCCUUCAUUGAGGGAACCCUGGUGAAAGCAUUGCGUGCUGGAGACUGGGUUCUGCUGGACGAGAUCAACCUUGCUGCUGCCGAGACUCUAGAGUGCCUCAGCGGGCUGCUGGAGAGUACCUCGGGGUCGGUGGUGCUUACAGAGAGGGGUGACGUGGACCCAGUUGUCCGACACCGUGAGUUCCGGCUGUUCGCCUGUAUGAACCCAGCUACCGACAUCGGAAAGAAGGACCUCACGCCUGGCAUCAGGAACAGGUUCACGGAGCUGUACGUGGAUGAGCUGGAGGACACCCAGGACCUGAAGAUUCUGACCAAUGACUACCUCCGCGGCCUGUCGCUGUCCUCCCUACAGGUAGAUGGGAUUGUCAAGUUCUACCUCACUGUGCGUAAUGAGGCACACAAACGACUCACUGAUGGCACUGGGCAUAAACCUCACUUCAGUUUGAGAACCCUGUGCCGAGCACUCAAAUUUGCCUCGAGUAACCCCUGCAGCCUUGUAGCACGAUCUCUGUAUGAGGGUUUCUGCCUGAGUUUCCUCACCCAGCUGGACCGGUCGUCCCAUCCCGUGGUGGAGAAACUCGUUUGUCAGCAUGUGGUUGGGAAGUCCAACAUCAAGGCCAUUCUCAAACAGCCACUCCCACAGCCUCCCGGCGCCAAACACCUCAACUUCGAGGGUUACUGGAUAUCCCAGGGUGCACUGGAGCCUCAUGUGCCAGACAAUUACAUUCUGACACCAUCAGUCCGAGAGAACUUGCGAGAUUUGGCCCGAGUAAUAUCAGCGAGCCAGCACCCGGUCCUGCUGCAGGGCGAGACGUCCGUCGGGAAGACGAGUCUCAUCAUGUGGCUGGCACGGUCCAGUGGCAACCCGUGUGUGAGAGUCAACAACCAUGAACACACCGACCUGCAGGAGUACGUCGGCUGUUACGCUGCAGAUGAGUCAGGGAAACUCGUCUUCAAGGAAGGUGUCCUGGUGGAGGCAAUGAGACGGGGACACUGGAUCAUCCUGGACGAGCUGAACCUGGCCCCAACUGACGUCCUCGAGGCCCUCAACAGGCUGUUAGACGACAACCGAGAACUGUUUAUUCCGGAGACCCAGGAGACGGUGAAGGCUCACCCCAAGUUCAUGCUGUUCGCUACCCAGAAUCCUCCAGGAAUGUAUGGAGGCAGGAAGAUGCUGUCACGAGCCUUCAGGAAUCGUUUCAUUGAGCUGCACUUCAACGAAAUACCAAGCAUAGAACUCGAAACGAUUCUCCAUCAGCGAUGCAACAUCCCGCUGUCCUAUGCCAAACGACUUGUCAAGGUCAUGCUGGAGCUUCAGAUGAGGCGCCGGGGGUCGGGGGUGUUCGCGGGGAAGCAGGGCUUCAUGACCCUGAGGGAUCUGUUCCGGUGGGCGGAGCGGUACAGCAGCACCGAUGUCAAGACAAGCACCAAGUUCUACGACUGGGACCAGCACCUUGCUGACCACGGCUACAUGUUGCUGGCUGGCCGUGUGAGGAAGGCGGAAGAGUCGGUUGUGAUUCAAGAGGUCCUCAAGAAGUAUCUGAAGCGAGAUGUUAAUGACAGGCUGCUGUUUGACCUGACACGCAGGACGUCGUCAUCAACUGCACCCAUGUUGAAGGAGGUCACUGACCAAUCAGUGGAGGGUUUUCAACACAUUGUUUGGACACACAACAUGAGAAGACUGGCUGUUCUCAUUGGCCAGGCCAUAAAGUUCAGGGAGCCUGUCCUGUUGGUCGGAGAAACUGGUUGUGGCAAGACCACAGUAUGUCAGCUGUACGCUGCCAUGAGAGGGCGCCACCUGUUCAGUGUCAACUGCCACCUCCACACCGAGAGUGCCGACUUCCUCGGGGGACUGCGGCCUGUUCGAUCCCACACAGAACAGGAUGACCCGAAGGAGGUGAAGCUGUUUGAGUGGCUGGACGGUCCGCUGGUGACGGCCAUGAAGGAGGGGAGCAUGUUCCUCAUCGACGAGAUUUCCCUGGCAGACGACUCCGUGCUGGAGCGACUCAACAGUGUGCUGGAGCCGGAGCAGACGCUGCUGCUGGCGGAGAAGGGUGGGGGAGACGGGGGCAGCAACGAGGUGGAGCAGAUCAAGGCGGCGGGGGGAUUCCAGGUGUACGCCACCAUGAAUCCCGGCGGGGAUUUCGGCAAGAAGGAGUUGUCUCCGGCUCUGCGGAACAGGUUCACGGAGAUCUGGUGUCCGCCCACGUGUCAGCGUGACGACCUUGAGGAGAUCAUCGAACACAACAUCCGGGAGGGACUACAGCUUGGCAACCAACAGGACGGCACGACUGGGUUCGGAGCGGCCAUAUUGGAUUUCAUUGAGUGGUUCUCAAAUAAUGAAAUUGGAAAAAAGUGCACCGUGAGUAUCCGAGACAUCCUCACCUGGGUCCACUUCAUCAACACCUGUGCCACACCCGAUUUGGGGGAGGUUUCCAUGGAAACCUCUGAUAGUGGCCUUGACCCUGUGAAGGCGUACAUCCAUGGCGCAUGUCUUGUGUUUCUGGACAGUCUCGGAAGUGGUACUUCCAGUCAAAGGGCUGACUUCAACAUAGAGGUAGCCCGUGACACAUGCCUCCAGUUUCUGGUCAAACAGAUCAACUCAUUUGGUGGCCAUGAUUACAACAUGGCGGACUUGAAUCUCUGUCUUCAGAAAGAGGCUGCAGGGAAGAUGGCUGUCAUCAGCACGGAUGAAGUCUUCUCCAUACCACCUUUCAGCAUUCCAAGAGGUGAUGUUCACUCUGAGUCCGGCACCAAGUACGCCCUGCAGGCGCCGACCACCUGCAUGAACGCACAGCGGGUCCUGCGGGCCCUGCAGCUGCCACGCCCACUUCUCCUGGAGGGGUCACCGGGGGUCGGCAAGACCAGUCUCGUCACUGCUAUAGCGCGGUCUGCCGGGAGAGAGCUUGUCCGCAUCAAUCUGUCCGAGCAGACGGAUGUGACGGACUUGUUCGGUGCUGACCUCCCUGUGGAGGGUGCGGAGGGGGGGAGGUUUGCGUGGAGGGACGGACCCCUGUUGCAGGCACUGAAGGCUGGACACUGGGUCGUCCUGGACGAGCUGAACCUGGCCUCCCAGUCUGUGUUGGAGGGCCUGAACGCCUGUCUGGACCACAGAGCCGAGGUGUUCAUCCCGGAACUCGGCAAGACAUUCACCAUUCAACACGAGCAGACGCGACUGUUUGCCUGUCAGAACCCCCUCAGCCAGGGGGGAGGACGGAAGGGCCUGCCUCGCUCAUUCCUCAAUAGGUUCACUCAAGUAUACAUAGAGCCACUGUCUAGGGGAGAUCUGUUGUUUAUUGCGGAGUCCAUGUUCCCAGUCAUCUCGGGGGACAUCUUGACAGCGAUGGUGGACUUCAAUAUGGCGCUUCACAACCAGACGAUGAUGCAGGGUUUGUGGGGACACCGCGGAGGACCCUGGGAAUUCAAUCUGCGGGACUUGUUCCGCUGGUGUGAGUUGCUGCUGGCCAAUCAGGUGCCUGGAGAUUUCGACCCAGGAGAGUAUGUAAGGCUGGUCUAUGCAGAUCGGAUGAGGACAUUGGCUGACAAGGCAAAGGUGUCUGAAGUGUACAACACCCACUUCUCCGGGCUGAACAUGAAGGAGGUGUAUGGUGGUUCCCGCUACAUCGGUGUGGGUGUCCGACAGGUCCAGAUUGGCCACGCCUUCUUGAGGAGGUCAGCGUGUGACCCCACGUCAGGCAGACAGGUGUCGCUACAGGUGUUGCAUCAUCACCUGGAGCCACUCGAGUCCAUCGCCAAGUGUGUGCAGAUGAACUGGAUGGCCGUUCUGGUUGGCCCCCAGUCCUGCGGGAAGUCCAGCAUGGUACGUCUGCUGUCGGAGCUGACCGGCACAACGCUCCAUGUUCUGCCCAUGAACAGCGCCAUGGACACCACAGAACUGCUGGGAGGAUUUGAACAGGCGGAUAUAUUUCGCUACGUGGAGGAAGUCGGAGCUGAAGUCGAGAGGAUUGUGAAACGUGUACAGAGGACGCUGCUGUGCGAGCACACGACCUUGACCUCUACUACGGUACAAACACUGGAUCGUGAAUGGUCCAUCUACACCAACUUGACCACACAAGGUACUGGGGCUUCGACUGUUGAAGAGUACGAAUGUUUGAAGGCCAAGGUGAAGGCCAUCUGUUCGUUGUUGAUGCUUCUCCACAAGAUCCAUGACCAGAACAAGCUGAUGCCAGGUGGUCUAGAAGAGCUCCAGUCUCGGGCGGACCACCUUUGUGGGGUGGUGGGAAGCGAGAGACUGAGCAGCGCCGGCAGUGGCGGCACCUUCGAGUGGGUGGACAGUCUGCUGGUGAAGGCUCUACAGAAUGGGGACUGGCUCCUCAUUGACAACGUCAACUUCUGCAGUCCCUCUGUGCUUGAUCGUCUGAACGCCCUGCUGGAGCCUGGAGGAGUCCUGAGCAUCAACGAGCGGGGUGUUAUAGACGGACAGAUUCCAGCCAUCAAGCCACAUGCCAACUUCAGGCUAUUUCUGGCCAUGGAUCCCAAGUUUGGUGAAAUUUCUCGAGCAAUGAGGAAUCGUGGUGUUGAGAUUUAUAUUCCAGGAGAGGAUGAUGGCUGCCCUUAUUCAACCUGUGACACAAAGAGGAUGAUGAAAGGUUUGGGCCUGCAUGACAAGGCCUUGUGUGAUUGGCUGGUUGAUCUCCAUGCCACAAUGAAAGAGAGGCUGCCUCGACCUGACCAGCCAGUGCUAGUGGACUUGCUGUGUGUGUCGGCCAUGAUGGUCCAGCAGGUAGAUCGAGGUGUGUCACGUGACAAGGCACUCUACCAUGCAGCCAAUGACGUGUAUGUCAGGAGUCUUAAAACAACAUUGUCCAAACAGGUCGCCAUGGAGAUACUGACAGAGCGUGUGAAGACCUUUCAGAACGAUGGUACCACUGGUCAAGUUGAUGACUGCGAGCUUGGGUUAUGGCCCUUGUCUCUGUGUGGAACGCACGACUAUUGGCGGAACACGGCCCUGGCUAAUGUUCAGAACCCAGCAGGAACCCUGUUCUACCUUGUAGGGCAGAUCAAGUCAACAUGGGCCAUAACUGAAGACCUCGACUGCUCCAUGAUAACAAAACUGACGACCAAGUUAAGAAUGGCAGCCGAGUUGUACAUGUCACUCCUGCCGGAGAGGGGCUGGCAGACGGCAUCAACGUGGCUUCAAAGGCUCAUGGGACAUCUGCUGCUGGACAUGAGAGAGCUGCCAGCUAUAAAGGGGCGACAUGGAUGGGCUCUAGAGAACUAUGUGAGAGCUCUGCCGGGAGUGUUGGCUCUGUGUCUCAAGCAGGUUUCUGAACAACCAAUCAGCUUGCAGUAUAGAAACGCGCUCCAUGCCCUGUGCGAGGGACAGGCUGAAGUGGACUCCGUCCUGGUGGAUCAGCCAUGGCACGUUGUGUGGAACCCCCAUCUGUUGCAGCAUCUCCGACGUCAACGAUGCCCCGAGGGAGACCAGGACUGGUACCAGCUCACUGACAAUCUGCACACUUUGUCAUACAAGGUGUGUCUGCUGCUCCACCUGACGCUGGUGUUCCGAGACCUGCAGCCGAUGGUGGAGACACUCUCCGGCCUCCAACACACAGUAUCACAAGGAUUCGCAACAUCUACAGCCAUUGUCCAUUUGAGUAACAUGUAUGAGGAGAUGGAGACAGAGUUGUCUGCCCUUGUUGAGAAGAUGGACGUUGUUUCUGAAGCCACAUUUACAAAGAUCCUGUCCUGCCUGCCCUGGAUGUGCCGUCUGCUGUGUUUGGCACAAAGAUGGCAACAGAUGACACUGCAGACUUUCACAUGUCAACUCGCCUUACACUGGAACUGGUUUAACAACAAAACACUGGCAACCCUCACUAGUCUGGGAUCCACCAGCUCAUCUUCCAAGCUUCAAUCAGCUGUUACUCAGCUCCAGCGAACUCUAGGACAAGACAAUAUGUCCGCCAAACAGUUUGAGAGAUUCUGGAAUGACUUUGGUCACCCCGCUGCUAUGAUGUCAGAAUGUGAAGCAAUGUUGACGCGAAGGCUACAGGCAUUGGUGAACCUCGUGAGCAUGUAUGAGGAGGCGCCCUCUGGUGUUGUACUCAACAAGGUCAAGGCCAUGGUUCACAGUGGCUACCUAGUUCGGAAGCAAAUACUAGAACUCUCAGGGUUGAUUAGAAAUAUAGAAACAACAACAGAGAACAUUGAAGACCUGUUUGAGAAGGUGAGGACUUGUCUUGGGUGCCACAAUCUGCAUCUGACCUCGGACACAGACAUGUGGACAUCGGACAAUGUCCCGCCGGCCCCUGAGACCACUGCUGAGCCGACACUGCCGUUUGGCUUUGUAGAGUUGUGGCCCUUGUUUGAACACCUGAAUGUGAUGUCUCACCUGAGUUUGCUACCAGGUGUGCCAGCUGACUCAUCUCACCUGUCUCACCUUCAGGACUAUUGUCUUCACUACACACCUGACACUUUGAUGCACCUGGAGCUGAUGAAGAAAACACAGGAACAAGAUGCAGGCCGAGAUGUGACGUUCUCCAAGAGUAUCCUGAAUAUGCUGUGGAGGAGCACAGCUUCCAGGAACUGUCGCCAGUGGUUACAGUGGAAUAAAACAAAGGACGAUCAAGCAGAAACAGAAACAGAACUUUCACUGGGUCCAGGAAUGUUCCAGACAUCGGCUGUGUCUUAUUUUGCAUUCAGUCUGUUGUCACGUGACCACAGCUGCCAGAGUGAGGCUGAGUGUCUGCCUGUAGAUGUCCCCCUGAAACACUUCGACUAUCAGCUGAGAGUGUUGGAGUUGAUCCGGCAACAUGUGUGGAGUCAUGCUUCUAUCUUAGCCUGUCCAGAGAGGAGUGUCAAAAACCAAACAAGUAAAUACUUGUUCAGAAGCUUCAUCCAUCUCUUGGACUCCAUCAAAUCGCUACUGACACCAGCUGACAGAGUCCAGUAUGCAGCAGUUUUUGAUGAGCUGCAGUCAUCAGUGAAGCAGACGGCGCUGACGUCUGCUGUGAUCAGACGGGCACACAGCUGCCUCCAGUGCGUGACCGACUCCAUAGACCCGGCAGCUGUGCCCGUCCUCCACAGAAGCUGUGAGAUCCUGCAUGACCUGACCCAGGAUGAUGGUGGGGACAGUCUCAGCAACAUCGGGCGGGGUCUGGUGUAUGUGGGGCUGUCGCAUAUGGUCCUGUUGGCUCCCAGAGGACCUGUUGAUCCAGUAGAGAAGCAGGCAGUGAAGCUUGAGCAUCUUCAAGAUGAGUUGAGUGAUGUUGAGGCAGAGCUGGAGGCAGUAGAGCUGCAGCUGCAGUUGUUGACGGGGCGGGGUCUGGCGGAGUCUAUUUGCCCCCACCCGCGGGUGCGCUUCUUGCUGCAGAGACAACAGACGCUCACCCAGAAGGUCACCGACUUGCAGAAGAGGAAGGUGUAUAGACCCCAGGAGUCACAGUUCCAUUUGUUAGUACAAGACAUCACCAGCUUCCUCCAGAGCGUGGGGUCCACCGAUCAUGUGACAGACCUACUCAGCAAGCUCCUCUCAGCCAAUCAGAUGCUGCAGGACCAACUCCGAGGUGACAUCACAGCGACCAGCUGUGUCCGGGAGGAGAGAGUGUGGCAGACGACACUCCACAGGUUCCUGCAGAGGCUAGAGCAGGAAUACCCAUGCUACAAGGAUCUGUUGGAGCCCUUCACACUGGCCAUGCUUCAGGUGUCCCUAGGGAUGAGAAUGAUUGCACAAGAGGUGGAUCUGUUGGCACAAAAAGUUAAGUUUGAAAGUUUGAGCACCCCAGAGCAGACCGUCAUUUGUCUGAGUAGAUUCCCAGCUAUCCACCCUCAAUCUCCCAGCAUGCUCCAGAUGGCUGAGAUGCUGGUAGCAGACGUCACAUGGCGAGCAGUCGGCCGAUUCACCCAGCAGAGGGACACAGACACAGCAACUGUCCAGGAGAAAGAAAUAUGUUCCAAGCUUCUGAAAGAUGCUGUCUUGUUGGUCAAGACCCACUGUCUGAUGUCUGGUGAACUCUCACCUCAGUUGACCUUCACCUUGUCUCGAUUGUUUGAGCUGUUUGUGAGGGCGUGGCAGGAGCAGGAGGAGGCGAGGCGGAGGAAGGAGGAGGAGAAACAGGCGUUGUACCGCUACAAGUCCCAGACGCACGGAGACGACCGCAGCGACGAGCAGAAGGAGGAGGAAGACUUCCGUGCAAGCUUUCCGUCCUUUGAGAAGGAUUUCGAAGACGUAAUUGGGCUGAAGAGCCUGGAAGGAACGGGUGAUGAUCAAGAGGAGAUAACCCAUGAUGAUGUCUCACCAGGAGUGGACAGAAUUAGUCCAAGCGAGAUGUCCCUCAUUCUCGACUGCCAUCGGAAGAUAUUCACCACCCUGACCAGCACCGAGUGGAUCAGAAGACCAGAGCUCCCGCAGGUGUUGCCCCAGGACCAUGUCCUACCUGCGCUAACGAGGUAUUCGGUGGCAGCACAGCUGGGCAAGAUGGGAUGGAAUGCCCUAGACAGCACAGUAGACGUGGAGAGUCUUGGCGGCCACCUGUUGGUGUGUGGGGCGGUCCAGACGUCUGUCCGCGUAGGUCAGUCUGCAGAUGGUGAGACGCACAACCCACUUCUGCCUAAGGAAUCUCCAGUCUACAACAUCUACACAGACUCCAAUGUGGCGGAGGUGAUCCAGUGUAGACCAGUUCUGACCCGAUUUUCAGCCCGUGUAUCGGAGUUACAGCAGGAAUGGCCCGACCAUCCCACCCUGAAAGUACUGCAGACGAUCGUGGACCGGGUGCUGUCCUUCCCCGUAACCUGCCCCGUCAUGAAGUUUCUCACCGGCCUCGAGCUGCUGCUGGAGAAGUCCCAGGACUGGGAGGCAAAUGCUGCUGCACAUGUCUCCAUGGCAACACAACUAGCAGACGUCACCACUAUGAUAAUACAGUGGAGGAAGCUGGAACUUAGUUGCUGGAAUCGCUCACUUGACACACAGAUAGAGAACGUGCGGAGCAAGGCCUCACAAUGGUGGUUCUACAUCUAUCAACUGAUUGGCUCAUUCUUGUCACCACAGCAACAGGAUGAUAUUCCAGAGCCCUCUGCUGAAGAUAUACUGAAAUCUCUGGAACAGUUCUUGGAGACCUCCAGUCUGGGAGAGUUCCGCUGCCGUCUGGAGCUGGUGUACACGUUCCAUUGUCAGUUGACUCACAUGGACAAGUCGCCUAAACAAGACGUAUUGUUGAAUCUGCUGUGGAAUGUGUACCAGUUCUACGGGCAGUUUCUGGACGGAGUGGAGGCAGACGUGACACGCCAGAGGGCGCCCAUUGAGAGAGAGCUGAAGGGCUUCGUGAAGAUAGCACGGUGGAAUGACAUGAGCUACUGGGCCUUGAAGCAGACGACGGAGAAGACUCACAAGACUGUACACAAAUACUCCAAGGCCUUUCAGACAAUAUUACAAAAACCAGUUCGAGACCUCCUGACAGAGAAGGGAGAUAACUCAGACCUGGAAAGUGAUCCACAAGUCAACUGUGGAGACAGACUACAGGAAUACAGUCGUAAAGCUGCCAGCAAGAUGCUUGUCAAACAGAAACAUCAGCCUGACAUGGCCACAGCUCCUGCAUCAGCUGGCAGCCUGCAGUCCCGUCUGCCGUCCCUGACGACGCGGGUCCAGAAACACUGGAGGAGAACACUGUCCAACAUGCGGUACACCCAGCUCACCACUGUCCUGGAUGAGUUCACAGGGGAGAUAAUCGAGUCUGUACACGAGCUUCAGGCCGAGGAAGUCACGCCGGGUCUUGACAAAGAGCACCAGAAGUCCGAAGCAAAGCUGAUGAACCUCCGGAAGAGGAAGAGUCUGGCUGAUUUGUUCCAGCAUCUCACAACGGCAGGAUUGUCCUACAGGAAGGGGUUGACAAUGGCAGAAGACACGGGAAAGGCGAUGCUGGUGUCUCCCAUUGAUGUUGUUGCGGGUGUUGAGGAAGAGUCGACGGAGCUGUCUGGACUGUGGAGUGGCUGCCUCAAGUAUUACUACCGCUGUGUGGCCAGGCGGGCCAGGCUGACAGCUGCUCUACACACACCUUCCAAGGAACUUGGUCUCGGUAACAUCAGCCGAUGUCGAGGGUUCGUGGAGCACCUGAUGCACAUUCUGACUGGGCAGCACCAGGAGUUGUCAGCCAUCUUCAAGCAGUACCUCCAACUUAGGAACCUGAUGGCAUCAGUGAGCAAGCUGCAGAUCAAAGCCAGUCUUCCUCCACAGAAGAAAACCAGAGAAUGGAUAGACAAACUGAAACAUCUGUCUGUGCAGCUGUUGGAGGGUUUGAACCAGUACCUGGUGCUGUUGUACACAUGCCCCCAGCAGGUGGACGGAGCCCGGCUGUACCCGUCCCCCUACCCUCCAGAAGAGUUGUCUCCCAUGGCACUGCUCCACCAGGGGGAUGAAGGGUGGACAAGCUGUGUGCAGACGGUCAGGGACAUGUUGAAAGUGGCUGAGACAGAACAAGGCAAAGUGUUGGCGAUAGGGCAUGUUUGCUAUCAGUGGAGUGACCUUGAACUGCUACAAGACACCGUCACCGAGUAUGGGAAACUCAUCCCACUUAUGUCGGAGCUGUCAUCCAAGUUCAACGACCCCAUCUCCAACACUGGCUGCUGCCUCAACCAGACUCUGGACUACCUCGGGGACCAGCUCCAGUCCGUGUGCCGCGACUUCCAGGCGUGGGUGGCUGACACUGACAGUCUGAGACAGAUGGAUACUGAUUCCUCCAGCCCACACUCGGCACAGAGGGAGAAGUUCUCUGAUGGAGUGGAGGGUGUCAUUGCAGCUGCUCUGCUGGCUGUGCAGAACCUGGUGAAGGCUCAUGGGAAACCUGAAGACAAGGAGGAGAAACUGGAGGAGAAACAGGAGGGGGAGGAGGAGGAGGAGGAGGAGUCAACCUUCCAGAAGGGUCACCUGACCAAGUUGCUGGUGGAGCCGAUGUCCGCCGACCUCCAACUGCUGCAGUACAACAAGGUGACAGAAUUCCUGACAUCUCUGGUGAACAUCCUGAAAAUUAUGGUUGACAAUGCUGCUGAUGGAGGUCGUCAUGACAGCAGUGUCUGUCUGCGGCAGCUCCUCCGAUGCUGCCCCAUGAUGCACCAGUAUGUGGACAUGGUGGAAUAUUUCGUAGCUCACCUGAUUGGCUUGUUUCGGACAACAGGCAAACUUUUGUCGGUGCUGCUGGGGCUGUUUUCAGAGCUUGCUGCCAAGGGUUUCUGCAUCCCCCCGGAGUUCUCAGAUGAGUUGGGAGGAGAGGGAGCCACUGACUUUGAGGACAUCACAGGAGGAGGACUGGGUGAUGGUCAGGGAGCCAAGGACGUCAGUGACCAGAUCGAGACAGAGGACCAGUUGGAUGAAGCUCGGCGCCAGGGAGAGGAGCAGAAGGAUGAUGCCAACCAGCCCGAUGUGGCUCCGGAAGACAAGGCCAUCGAGAUGUCGGAGGACUUUGAGGGUCAACUGGAUGAUGCAGAGAUGAAAGAUGGAGAUGAUUCUGAUCAGGAAGAACCGGACACAGAGGAACUGGACAAAAAGAUGGGGGACGUGGACUCCAAGGACACUGACCGUCUGGACGAACAGAUGUGGGGCAGUGAUGACGAGGAGGAGGAGGAACAGGAGAAGGAGAACAGUAAGGAGGAGUCAGGGCCUGGUGCUGGACAGGAGAGUGAGAGUCAGGUGGUUGCCAAGGACGACAACCAGGACAAGACUGAGGCCGAGGACAACCAGAAAUCGGAAAGGGAUGAGCAGAAAGAUGGAGAAGAAGAAAACAGAGAAGAACAAAAACCACAUGAGCUGGAGGAAUUUGAUGAGAAUGAGUAUGAUGAAGACAAGAUAGAUCCUCAUCAUGGCAACCAGGGCCCUGAACAGGAACCUGAAGCUCUCGAUCUCCCUGAGGACCUGAACCUGGAUGAGAAUGAGGCUGGCAAGGAUGAAGACGAGAAUCAACCCUCAGAGAUGGACCCGGACAACCAAGAUGGCGGAGGAGAGGAUGUGGAGGAGCAGACGGACGUCCCUGACACAGAGGAAGGAGAGAAGAAGGAGCGGGAGGAAGAAAACAUGGAGGAAGAUGAACAGAAGGAUGAGACUGAAGGCAAAGAAGGUGAAGACAAGCCUCAGUCUGACGACCACGACCAGGACAAGACAGCUGAGGACGAGGAGGAGGGGAAGGGGGAAUCAGGAGUCUCGCCACAGGAUGAGGAUAACCCGGACACUCCUGAGGAAGAGACUAAGAAGGAUGGUGAGCCUGAAGACAGUGUUGAGGCGGCUGAUGAGAGGGGCAGGACGAGUCACGACACAGACAGUGCCCAGAUGACGGACACAGCACAGGACGAGGCAGCCACCGGAGAUAAUGACCAGAAAGAACAACAAGGAAUGGGUGUUUCUGUGACCCAGGAACAGGAGGGUCACGAGGGGGAGUCAUCGUCGCAGGUGACGGAUGGAACAGCCCCACAACACAAAAAGCAAUACAAGCGUCGGCCUGGCCAGUCAGACCAAGACCAUAGUCUGGGAUCUCGAGAAGAGAAGUACAAGAAAUUGAAGACGGUGGACAGAACUUCGGAAGAUUCACAGGAAAAGGAAAACAAACCCCAGAAAGAGUCUGACCUGUACGAGCACAUUAAGGAGUCCUCCUCGCAGUAUGAUGCUCAGACCCUGGAUGUCGCUACUGCUGAGCAACAGGAAGAGCAGCCAGUAGCCAAUCAGAAUGAAGAGGAGGCGGAGCCAAUGGGAGAGGAUGAUGACUUGGAACUGCAGGAGAAUUUGCAGGAGAAUAAAGAUGAGAAGACUGAGAUGAAGGAAGCUUCUAAGUUGUCUGGGAAGGACUCGAAGAGGACCACAGAGGAUGGGGGUGAAGAGGACAUGGAGGUGGAGGAUGAGCGGAAGGGGCAGGUCGAGGGAGAGAAGGUCCUCACGAUGGGGGCAGCGAGAGGUCCCGAGUCAACAAUACACACAGUGCUGGAACACCUACAUCUGGAGGCUGGGCUUGGUGAGUUGGAUGAGGAGAAGCUUCGAGCCGAGUUGGAGGAGAACAUAGCAGCCUGGUCCCAUCUUCAGGCAGCCACUCCUCAAGAGCAAGCAGCGGCGGCCGAAGCGUGGCAGCAGUACGACGCCCUGACAGCCAGUCUGGCCCAGGACCUGUGUGAGCAGCUCCGACUGGUACUGGAACCGUCACAGGCAACCAAACUCAGGGGUGACUAUCGGACCGGGAAGCGCCUCAACAUGAGGAAGGUGAUCCCCUACAUCGCCAGUCAGUUCCGUAAAGACAAAAUCUGGUUACGCAGAACAAAACCAAGCAAGCGCCAAUACCAGAUCAUGUUGGCCAUAGACGACUCUUCCAGUAUGGUGGACAACCACUCUAAACAGCUGGCGUUUGAAUCUCUGGCCAUGAUCUCCAAUGCCCUCACCCUGCUGGAGUCUGGGGAACUGGCUGUCUGCAGUUUUGGUGAGUGUGUUCGUCAGCUGCAUCCAUUCUCCGAGCAGUUCACCAACCAAUCAGGAGCCGGCAUCUUACAACACUUCACAUUUGAACAGAAAAAGACAAAGAUUGCCCAGUUGCUGCAACAAGCGACCUCCAUUAUGGUCGAUGCCCGGCAACGCCAACAGGGCACGGUGGGGCAGCCGGAGACGUCACAGCUGCUGCUGAUAGUGUCCGAUGGACGAGGCCUGUUUAAUGAGGGAAUGGAAGUUGUCCAAUCAGCUGUCAGACAAGCUCGGGAGGCGAACAUCUUCCUCGUGUUUGUCAUCAUUGACAAUCCACAGUCGAAGGACUCCAUACUUGACAUCAAGGUUCCGGUCUUCAAGGGGGCAGGUCAGCUUCCAGAGAUCAGGUCGUACAUGGAGAGCUUCCCUUUCCCAUUCUACAUCAUCCUCCGAGACAUCAACUCUCUCCCACAAACACUCAGCGAUGCUCUCCGUCAGUGGUUUGAACUCGUCACAGCAGGUGACCGGGUGUAGACAUCAAAGUGCGACCUCUGUCCGUGAAAACAUCACAAACACUGUGUUUAAGAUGCAAUUUGUUACGAAUGAAUGAAGACCAAUGAGCACUUAGAUUACAUCUGCGAUAUUUCUCAUGCAACGUGUGCCACCACCUUGCGGACAUACCAGUACUCUACACAUUUCUUCAAUGUCAGGAAAGGGUAGGAUUCGCACAAAGUUUGUGCACAUAGGCUGUGUGUAAGUCAUGAGCUCUAUUUCAUUACCGGACUAAAAACAGACAAUCAUCACAUACAUAUUCCUGGUUGAUGGAGGAAUGUAGUGUAUACAAACAUGUGAAGUGUCGACGUCAAUGUGCUAACCGGUCAGCACCUGGGUCUUGAGGGCAAAGUGUUACCCCCUCUUCAGAGUGACUUCCCAUGCUUUAUUCCCAUUGGAUGUCAUCUCCACUAAAACUGAUACUUUGUCAUUUUUGUCUUCCUGUAAUAUUAUGCAGUGUAUUUGAAAAGUUGUCAUGAAUGAAACAGGACCAAAUUUGGUAUUUUGUAUAUCACUGGGACCUUGCUUGUCAUCACAAGCUUGGUGUUUGUUUGUACAUACAAAAUCUGGUGAAUCUGGUCAGGAGUGAGUAUGUAUUUUUAUGCUGCUUUUAGCAAUAUUCCAGCAAUAUCACAGCAGGGGACACCAAAAAAGGGCUUCAAUCAUUGUGCCCAUGUCAGGAUUCGAAUUCGGAUCUUUGGCGUGACAAGCGAAGGCUUUAACCACUAGGCUACCUGACGACCCCGAAUCUGGUUAGAGACCAGAGUUGUUUUGAUGAUGUGACAGAUUGUUUGUAUUGUGUCUUGUUAAAAUGUAAACAUUAUUGAUACCUUGUUAACAUACAAAUUAUUUGUACAACGUUUGAGAUGUUAUCUUAACUGCUGUUAAGAGCUCACGUCUGAUGGGGCUUCUGUUGUGUAUAAAUGGUCCCCUUGUGUCAAUAAAACAUGCUGACAGUA